CAAAAAGGAUUUCCUUUCUUUCUGGGGCAAAUUCCCCUUCUCUCCAUACCCCUCACCCCAUUUUCAAGUGCAGCAACUUUUUUGGGGGGGGGGGAUGCCUCUCCUGUUGUGAAAUUUGUUCUCCCCCUGGUACUUCCUUGACUGAAGGGUCAGUUGCCCUGCUUCCUAACGGGCUGUAGUUAGAUGUUUUCUCCUCCUCUGCACCCUUCCCUCCUUCAUGAGUGACUUCUGUCCCCAUACCUUGAGAGUCAGCAUUUCCUGCUUCGAGGAGGCUGCUGCUCUUUUUGAAUUGCAACUCUCCUUCCACUAGGUUGUUCAUUUUGGGGACAGUCUUCCUUUUCUUAACUGGAGAUACCGUAUAUUCUCAAGGGCAGUUGUGGGUGAGGGAAUUGUAUCAUCCAUCCGUCAACAAGCAUACUUAUUUCUCAUUUAUCUUUAUAUGGGAGGCAGGAAUUUUUCCAGGGUCUGGAAAGUAUCUUCCCCACACCUGCCCCGCUUUCAAAGAUACCAUCCUUAUUCCAAGCCUUUUUACUUGGAAUUGAACUGUUAAAGCUUCCUGUUCUCCAGCUUCAACAACAAGACAGAGAAGACCUUCCUGGUUGUGAAACUGGAUUUGGCCCUGCUCUUUGACUGGGCUCAGGAGCGCCGUACCCUUUCCCCCUUCUCCCAUGUAAUUUGGACAGUAUGAAUUUUUCUGAGGUGUUUAAACUGUCCAGCCAAUUGUGCAAGUUCUCUCCUGAUGGAAAAUUCCUGGCUUCAGGUGUACAGUAUCGCUUGGUGGUUCGCGAUGUGAACACUCUGCAAAUCUUGCAGCUAUUCACCUGCCUGGACCAAAUCCAGCACAUUGAGUGGUCUUCUGAUUCUCUCUUUAUAUUAUGUGCAAUGUACAAACGUGGAAUUGUGCAGGUCUGGUCCUUGGAGCAGCCUGAGUGGCACUGCAAGAUAGAUGAAGGGUCAGCGGGACUGGUGGCUUCUUGUUGGAGUCCGGAUGGCCGCCACAUUCUCAACACCACAGAGUUCCAUCUGCGGAUUACAGUCUGGUCGUUGUGUACAAAGUCUGUGUCUUAUAUCAAGUAUCCCAAAGCAUGCCAGCAGGGAAUAGCAUUCACGAAGGAUGGCCGCUACAUGGCCUUGGCAGAGAGGAGAGACUGCAAGGACUACAUCAGUUUCUUUGUGUGCAGCGACUGGCAGCUUCUCAGACAUUUUGAGACUGAAACUCAGGACAUGGCUGGGAUUGAAUGGGCCCCUAACGGCUGUGUGUUGGCGGUGUGGGACAGCUGCCUUGAGUAUAAAGUUUUGCUGUACUCCCUUGAUGGCCGUCUGCUGUCCACAUACCGUGCCUAUGAAUGGUCACUGGGCAUUAAAUCUAUCACCUGGAGCCCCAGCAGUCAGUUCUUGGCAAUCGGAAGUUAUGAUGAAAAGGUGCGCAUUCUGAACCAUGUGACUUGGAAGAAAAUCACAGAGCUUGAUCAUCCUGUAAUCAUUGUUAGCCCAAAGAUAAUUGUUUAUAAGGAAGCAGAGAAAUCUCAAGCAGUGGAAAUGGAGAAACUUGCCUUCCCUCCUACCAAGAAAAUGGCAAGCUCUCUCUUCAGCACAAAGAGCAAAUAUGAAAUUGCCCAGGUCCCAGUUUCUUUGCAUCAUGUCAAACCCACAAUUGAUCGGGCAAAUCCUAGAAUUGGAGUUGGAAUAUUGGCUUUCAGCGCAGAUAACUGUUUCCUUGCAACCAGAAAUGAUAACAUUCCUAAUGCUAUCUGGAUCUGGGAUGUUCAAAAGAUGAAACUGUUUGUGGUCUUGGAGCAGCUGUGUGGCGUUCUGCAGUUCCAGUGGGAUCCCUGUCAGUCCCGACUUGCCAUAUGUACUGGGAACAGCAGAGCUUACCUGUGGUCCCCAGCAGGAUGUGUGUCUGUACAGGUACCAAUGGAAGGUGACUUCCAAGUGACUUCUCUAUGCUGGCACUCCAGUGGGAAUUCUCUGGCUCUCCUGAGUAAGGACAAUUUUUGCUUGUGUUACUUUGAAAGAGAAGAAGAUGUGAAAUAGCUACACAAAAAACACAGUGUGGGGGAAAGCUUGUAAUUUAAGUCUGUAUAUAUAGACGUGGGGGAGCUAUUAUGUUGUGGAUGUUUUUUAAACAAAGUGCUCAGGCAAUAUACUAAGUCAUUAAAUAGUGGGAAAUGGGUGUUUAAACUUGAAAUAUGUAGGUGUGUUUUGUAUAGAAUGUAUAUUUCACAGUGUGCAAACUGCUUAGUUUGUUUUAAAAUUUCAAUAAAU